ACCACGUGUUUUCCCGCCGGGAAGCCUCUGAGCGCGGGCGAUUUGGAGCUCAGUGGGCGGGGAGAGGGCAGUUGGGCCAUGUCUUCCCCCUCGGAAGGGUCGGCCUGGCCCCAGAGCCUUGGCCCGUUGAAAAAAGUGGAUGACUUGUUGCGUUGUGGGAUAUGCUUUGACUAUUUCAACAUUGCAAUGAUCAUUCCCCAGUGUUCACAUAACUAUUGUUCUCUCUGCAUCCGCAAGUCCCUGUCCUAUAAAGCUCAGUGUCCUACGUGCUGCAUGGCAGCUACAGGACCUGACCUGAAAAAUAACAGGAUAUUGGAUGAACUUGUGCAGACUUUCACUUCUGCAAGACAGCGGUUGUUCCAGGUGGUCCUGGAUUCGGCAUCUGUUCCUCCUCCAGUACUAUCUCCUAAGAAAGCUUCCAUCCAAAGCCGUAUUACGAAUUCCCUUGUUGGUUUUGCUUUAGAGCAUGAGAAGCCAUUUACAGAUACCAUUUUAGACAAAGGAAACAUUUGCACAUCUAAAAGGCUUUUAAAACAAUCUGAAAAUGAGAGUGCAAAGAUCAAAAUAAAGCAGGAAAAGAGUCCAUAUUUUUCUAAAGGUGGCCAUGGGACAGUUGGCCAAGUGGCAGAAAGUACAAGUCCCGUAGAAGGCACCAUGAAUCCUGAAAUACCUUCCACAUCUGCAACAAAUGUUGUACCAAAGGUGGAGUGUCCUGUUUGUGGUGUUGCUGUGCAAGAAAUGCUAAUAAAUAAGCACCUUGACAACUGCUUGACACGAGAUGAGAAGAAAGAGAGUCUCCGAAGUGGUGGACACACAAAGAAGUUCUUGCCUAAAGUGGUGUACAAUUUGCUUUCUGAUCGUGAUCUGAAGAAAAAGAUGAAGGAAUAUGGACUUUCAACCCAGGGAACAAAGCAGCAGCUAAUUAAAAGACAUCAAGAGUUCGUGCACAUGUAUAAUUCACAGUGUGAUUCCUUAAAUCCCAAAUCAGUGGCUGAAAUAGUAAAAGAGCUGGAAAAUACUGAGAAGACUCGAGUUCAGCUUGAAUCAAGUACAUCUAGGGGAGGAAUCAUGACAUUUACAAAGAACCAGACGGAGAAUGAAAUAGAUGAAAUUCAUAGCAAUUAUCGGAAGAAACACAAAGCAGAAUUUCAACUUUUAAUUGACCAAAUGAAUAAGCAAAAGAAACAUGCAAGUAAAAAGAAUAUAAAAGAAGAACUAAAAGAGAAAGAAACAACCACUAAAGAACUACCUGUAGAGACUAGAGAAAAAAUGGGUGUUGAAGAAGAACAAACAGACUGGGCCCCCAUUACAGAUCACUCACUCAAAACAGCAACUCUAGACUGUGGAAGAAGCAAAUGCCUGGAUUUGUCUGAUGUUGGAGGAAUGGCCUCUGCUUCUUCUUUUCAGUCCUCUGGAUCCUCAGUCAGAGCCUGCUGUAACCAUCUUGCAGUUGCAUAUAACAGCUCAAGUUCAGACAUCAUAAGGGAUUUGGAAAUUUCUGGGAUGUGUUCGGACUCAUCGGAUAACAACAGUUUCCCAGAUAAGAACACCACCAAGCAAAAAUCACGACACCCCAGAAGCAGCCCAGUCUUUCCCCAGAGUAAGCGAAGGAAAAAAUAGCUAAAGUAUAACAUACUAUAUCGUGUGAUGGAAAUUUCUAAGCUCUUUUUACUUCCUCAGAACUCUUUGGCUUUAAGCAUUCCAAUUCUAAAUAUAUUUAGUUGAAAAUAAGUUUCAUUGAUAGCAAUGAAAAUUACUCCUAGUAAAACAUGCUCUUUUUAUUUAAAGUACUGAAACAAAUGGAUCUGUAUUGUAUAAAAUAUUUAAAUAUUUAAAUCAUUCCUAUUAAAGUUGUUUUCAAACAAUAUUGGUAUUUUAGCUUUUAGAGCAGGCAAGGACAAACUUUGGCCCUCCAGGUGCUUUGGACUUCAACUCCUACAAUUCCCAACAGCUGGUAAACUGGCUGGGAUUUCUGUGAGCCAAAGUCUAAAGCACCUGGUGGGUUGAAGUUUGCACAUGUCUGUUUUAGAACGUGUUAAUCUAGGUAGCCCCCCCCCCCCCCAUCCCACUGCUUUUCAUUUGCCUCCCUUCCAACCAUCACUGCUUUUGAUGCCUAAUAGUGAUGGUGUUGGCUUUCGGCUAUAUAUUCAGGCUUAUGACUUACUGAGGAAGCCUUUACGGGUGACCAUUACUUUAUUAUACACACUAACAAAAGAUAUCCUAUUCACAAAGAGUUUUAAGGGAGGCAAAAUAUAGCUCAGUAUUUUUAUAUAGAGAUAGUGGCACUUUGCAGGCCUUCUGUUUCACCUGGAGUAAAUUGCAUUCUCAAAAUACAACUGCGUGCUUCCUGUUUUAUUCUUAAAAUGGCAUGACCUUCAUAAACUCAGCAGAAAAUAUUGUGCAUUCUUAGGAAAUAGAAUUAAUCAACAAUGGCAAAUGAAAUCAUCCCAGUGCCUUGUAAGUAUUUUCAAAUACUGCCAGUAAGGAUUGUGUCCACUUGCCCAAGGCUGGGCAACUAUAGGGGUUGAUUGGGGACUCUGAAGGGUCAAUUUCCCUCAUUGUCAUCCCACUGUGGCUCAGUCCCCCUGAAUUUUCAGAAAUGGCUUCAAAAAGGUCAGCAGUAUCCCCAGGUCCUCAACAAGGUCACUAUUGGUCACUUUACAUUUUCAUGCUUGAGAAGCUAACUCCUAAAUUAGCUUUUCUCUCCAAUAGAUCACUCUUUCCCUUGCUAUGUUAACCUGAACACCACCAAAACCUGUUUCAGAGAAUGAAGAGACGCAUAUGUUUACAUUUCACUCUCAGAGUUAAUUUGCUUCAUCUAAAUUCAUGUCCUCUUAUGCAGGUUAUAUUAAUGUAAAUUACACAUGACCAAAUCAAUUUGAUAGUCCCAGCUACAGUAAAUCCACUGACUCUGGGGGAAUUUACUAAGCCAGUUCUCUCGAUACAAUAAGCCAUACCUCAUUGAAACAAAAAACUGAAUUUAAGCUAUUACAAUAGCAAUAGUAGUGUCUGCUCCUAACAUUUUGACAUAGGUGGAAACGUUGUGUUUACUCCUAUUCAUUAUUUUUCUCCUAUCACUAAUUAAUAAUGUAUUCCUUUUUACAAUUUGACAUGAUAUGGCAUCAUGUAAGCUCAAAGGCCCAACAAUUGCAUAAUUGGGCAGAGCAUGUCACUUAUCACUUUCUUCAAGUUACAGUGGCAGUUGUAGGGAUGGGUGAAAGCGGAAAUGCUUGCCUUCCAGUCAAGCUUAAACUCAGGCUUGAGUCUUGAUUUCCUAUUACCAUAGCAGAAUAUCAAACACUGUAAUAUUGAAUGUUUCAGAAAUACAUGCAUACUAAGUACCUUAAAGCAAAAAAAAAAUUGUGUAGAAAGUAAACCUGAAGAGAAUAUAACAGGAGGAAUUAGAGAUCAAGUUAUGCCCUUUAUGUAUUGUAUUGGUUUGUUUAUACCCCGCCUUUCCCCCAAAGCUGGAACUCAAAAUGGCUUGUAUCCCAUUUGUUUCAUUGUAAAGUUUUAAGCAUAUGCUUAACUUAGGAUGGAAUGUAUGUUCUUUGAAAUUACAAAGCAGAAAUGUCUCCUUUCUCCAUGGAUGCGAGACAUUCCCAUAAAGCCUUUACUUGGACUAAAAUCUGACCAUAACAUGUGAGUAACCACACAAAGAAAAUCUUGGUAGACUGUUCACAGAAAUAGCUUCUACAGUUUUCCGGGAUCCCUCCUCAUCUCACUGCUUAUCGCAUUCAGUGGAGUUCUGUGUAUUUUCAAGAAGGCUGGAAAAGCUUCUGUGGGAAAUAAAAGGAAGUCCGCUACUACCAGCCCCGUUGCAUUCAACCCAGUGACAGAUUCUGGCUUGUCACAAAUGGACAGAAUUGAAUAACCAUCACUUUGCAGUUGUAUGUUACGCUAGAGACUUACCCAAAAUGGUAAAGGACUCAGUUGUGGAAUGUUUUAAAUAUACUGAUUGAUGGAGUACUUAAGGAUAACAGAAUUUUGAUAGUUUUAUUAGUGAAUUUCAAAGUGUAUAAAAUAUGGUCAUUGUGAAUAAUAGAAUGACCACAAAAUCCCCAUGGUUUUUUGUAAAAACAGCUUUGUUUUAUAAAUAACUUUUGCUUGCAUUUUCUCACACUAGAGCACUUCGCUAGUUUUCCCCCCUAACACGGUAUGGUUAAGGAUAGGGGGGAAAUCGUUUUGCAUUUCAAUAAUGAAUCAGUUUAUUUGUAAUUCUUGAACUGAUGCAAACAGAAAUAUAUAUCAAAUUUGAGCAUACCUUUCCUUCGAUUUUCACACUUCUCCAAAAUAUGUACGCCUUGGUUGAAAUGGACAAAUCUGUGGAAAAUGCAUAUUCAUUUUUGCACAAACUUUUCAUCUGCACCCCACCCUUUAAAAAUUGAUACAGAAAUGGGAAGGAAAGGACAUGAAUGGGCCAAAGUUGUAGAAAUAUGAACAGGCAGAUUUAUUCAUCCUUAGGUCUAGCGUGUAUAUUUAGUAAUGAAAGGUCAUUAUAUAAUAUACUUUAUCUUAAGUCAUUUGAGACACAUUUUCCUUUUUCUUAUUAGUCUUCAAAUGCUUGAAUUUGUUGAGCUUUGCCCUGUAAAGCUCAAAAGGACUGAUUGAAAAGGGAGCUUGUAGACUUCUUUUUAGAAGCUACCCUUAAACAUCAUUUAACCCUGUUCAGUGUCAUUCCGGAAUGUGUUUCUUCUCCUGCCCCCUCAUCCAUAGUACUGUUAAAGGUCUGAAUAUCAUUAUUUUUGUCCAUUGCUUUUUCUCUUGUUAUACACUAUGUCAAAUAAAUAAGCAAUAAAGUGCAAAAUAAAACAAAUAAAUACAAAUCUUCCUUUCUUGGA